AUGGCGGAGGCUGCAACAGACGCCGAUCAAGGCAUCUCGCACCCUGACACUUUGACAAAGUACAAAGUUGCAGCAGGUAUCUCUACAAGCGUUCUCGAAACCGUCACUGGAUGGUUGGCUGAUGGCGAAUCGAUUGUCGAGUUGUGUAAGCGAGGAGACAAAUUGCUCGAGGAUGAGAUCGCAAAGGUCUACAAGAGCUCCAAAGCCAAAGGCCCUUCUCACCCGGUCACCGUCAGUCCCGGCUCACACGUAACACCCUACACCCCUCUAGUUUCGGACGCAGAUGAAGCCGCAACCACAAUCAAAGCUGGUGAAGUGGUCAAGAUCCAACUCGGAGCACAAAUUGACGGCUACGGCACAAUCGUCGGAAGCACUGUCGUGGUGCCAAAAGAGAAGGGCAAAAAGGCUGAGAUCACAGGCAGAGAAGCGGACUUGCUCGUUGCAACACACUAUGCCAAUGAGUUGCUGUUGAGAUUGAUGACUCCUCCAGGUCUUGUGUCUUCGGGAACCGAGGAUGAGAAAAAGAAGGCUGCAGCAGAGAAACCUCCAACCCAGAGCAAGAUUACUGCCUUGUUGGAGAAGCUUGCAGCUAUCUAUGGUCUCCAUGUCGUUCAACAUACCACCUCAUGGCAAUUUGAGCGCAAUGAUAUUGAAGGAAAGAAGAAGUUGAUUCUCUCUCCAGCCGACGGUGCCAAAGGCGAGGGCUCUGCAGAUGUAGGUGAAGUUUGGGGUGUCGAGGUCGGUUUGAGUUUGGGAAGUGGCAAAGUCAAGGACUUAGACAAACGCUCAACACUACUGAGACGCACGGCCACGACAUAUGGUCUCAAGCGUCCCAGUUCCAGGCAGAUCUUGUCCGAAAUCGUCAAGAAGUUUGGCACUUUCCCUUUCAGCAUCAGACAAUUGGACGACGAGCGGGCGGGCAAGGUGGGUGUUGUCGAAAGCAUCCGAGCAGGAGUACUUCGCGAGUACAAGCCAGCUGCUGAAGCAGAUGGUUCCCCUGUGUCAAGACUGUUCACUACAAUUGCUGUUACAAAGAAUGGCAUCACACGACUGGCAGCUCCUCCCCCAUUGGAUUUGGAAGCCGUCAAGUCCGACAAGAAAAUUGAGGAUGAAGAGAUUUUGAAGAUUCUUGAGCAACCCAUCUCGAAGUCCACGGGGGCGAAGAGCAAGAACAAGAAGAAAAAGAAGAAGCCUGCGAAAAAGGCGGCUGCCGCAGCAGAAGAUGACGAUGACGACGAUGAUUCCAGUGACGAUGAAUGA